GUAGGUCGACCCACGCAGACACUCACACCCUUAUACACCUAAAACACAAUCUACACUGGGUCGCAAUGCGCGACUCAAGACUUCUGCUGCUUACUUUGGAUUAACUUUCGCGACUAGAACUUUUCACCCUUACAACCUACUGCAAUUCAAACUGCUGAAAGUGAAUCUUGUUGAGUUUUUGUGUAUAGGCGAUGUGCGCGCAUGUGUGAAUGUGUGUACGAAACGAAGCUACGCUACCUGUUCUGUCUUACUUUGGAUGGGAAUAUUUUGGGCUGAAAUUUAGUGUUUUUCUUGGACUUAUUUUGGGAGAAUGAUGGAGAAACUGGACUGUCUCGUGGCCUUAUUCAUGUCAACAUCAGGCGCUAAUGAAGAUGAGUUGGGCGCUGAUGAGAGGGAGCUCGUGCAGCUGGUCUGGCAGGUCGUGGAUCUGGAAAGCAAUACGACGGGGGAGAUAAAUGAGAUUGUGGUCCGACCAGAGGUGGAGGACUUGGAUCCUGACAUCUUACAGCAGGCAGGACUAACUGCGCAGAGAGUUCAAGCCGCAGAACCGCUGGAACAGGCCAUCAAACAGUUUAACAGUUGUCUGAGUGCAGAAGUGAACCAACGGCAUUUCUGUUUCUGCACGGAUGGACAGAGACACAUACGACAGGUCAUUCAUCCAGAGACCUCCAAAAAGAACAUUUUGCUCCCCACAAGUUUUUACUCCUUCUUUGAUCUGCGCAAAGAAUUCCAGAAGACUCUCCCCUCCCUGGUCAAACAAAACGAGCUGGACCUGUCAUUUAUGUGCGACCAUCUGAAUGUAUGUGUGGACUCCUCUCUACCGUUUGCUGCUUCCAAGAUUCAGCAGAUAGUCAAAAUCAUCCAGGCUUUGAAUACUGAGCCUGUGUGCCAUCAGUUUUCCAGUCCUGAAACUGUGAAUAUGAAGUUUGAGAUUGGAACAUACAGUCGUUUGGAGUGUGUGGAUGACAACAUGGUGAUCAGGGCGCGGGGGCUCCCAUGGCAGGCCUCAGACCAGGACAUUGCUCGCUUCUUCAGAGGACUCAACAUUGCCAAAGGUGGAGCAGCACUGUGUUUGAACGCCCAGGGCCGCAGGAACGGGGAGGCAUUGGUUCGAUUUGAGUCUCGGGAGCACAGAGACCUGGCCUUACAGAGACACAAGCAUCAUAUGGGAAACCGAUACAUUGAGGUGUACAAAGCCACAGGAGAGGACUUCUUGAAAAUUGCUGGUGGAUGCUCAAGUGAGGUAGCUCACUUCCUGUCUGGAGAUGGCCAUGUGAUUGUGCGCAUGCGUGGGCUCCCCUUCAGUGCCACGACCCAGCAGGUGCUGCAGUUCUUCUCAGGGCCCCAAGCAAUGGAUGCCAAAGGAGAGGGAGUGUGCCAGGUGAAAGGGCCCACUAGCGGGGGAUGCCAGGUUGCAGGUGGCACUGCGGGGAUCCUGUUGGUCCGCUACGCUGAUGGGCGGCCCACGGGCGAUGCCUUUGUGUUGUUCUCGACGGAGGAGCAGGCUCAGCUGGCCCUGAAGAAGCACAAGCAGCGCCUCGGGAAACGCUACAUUGAGCUGUUCAAGAGCACAGCUGCUGAGGUCACACAGGUUUGCAACAGGUUCUCCUCAACGCCUUUGAUUUCAAUGGCACCUUCUCCACUGGUUUCUAUGAUGGCAUCACCCUUGGCAACUGGAGUGUUGCCCUUAGCAACAGGUGCAUUUCCAUUGACAACGGCCAUUCGUGACUGUGUGCAUUUGCGAGGUUUGCCCUACGACACAACCAUACUGAACAUUCUAGAGUUCUUGGGGGAAUUCACCGCAGAUAUUGCACCACACGGAGUCCACAUGGUGCUUAACGCACAGGGCCGUCCGUCUGGCGAGUGCUUCAUCCAGAUGUCCUCUCCGGAGCGAGCCUUCCUGACCGCGCAGCGGUGUCACCGCCAUCUGUUAAAGGAGCGUUGUGUCGAGGUGUUCCCGUGCUCCAAUGAUGACAUGCGUCUUUUACUGAGGGGCGGGUUUAUGUGCCCAAGUGGGCGGGGCUUGUCCCCACCACCAUGUGUCUCCAACCCCUCUUACUUUCCACAUAUGGGGAUGAUGCUUCCCAUGGAAGCAUCUCUUUAUCCAGCCCACUUCCUGGUCAACACGCCACAUCCACUGCCCUUUUACACUGCCUACUACCCCAGUCCCCCAGGCUCUCCGCCGCCACUGGGCUUCUACCCAUCAGUAUCCUCCCAGUGCCACACCUUACCUGCACCUGCACACGCCCUUCCCAGCACAGUCAACCAGUAUUCACCUGCUGAUGGCCUCUCACACACAUUUGAGCACACCCACCUCACCCACCCUAAAGAAUGGGUCAACAACAAUGACGUCCUAGUUACAGUUCCUGCCUUCCUCUCGGCCAAGCAGCCGGUCACAGAGCAGAGUCUGGGAGUUGGAGCUUUGCUGGACCUGCAGAUGUCUUGGAACAGGACAUAAUAUUAAGGACAGCUGAAUACAUUGAACAGUAGCUGUGCAUUUUGUAUUUGUGCUCUUAGAUAUAUUCAUUUAGUUAUUUAUACAGAACUGUUAAAGAUUCAGUCAGUUGUGUUGUGAAAAAGAAAAUGAAAUUCUCCAACAAAAUACCUACAAAACAAUGGCAUGCCUGAAGGACCAUAGUGGACAGUUGAUCCCUGUCUUCUGUGCAUGUGUGUGUGGGACACACAGCAGUACUGCAGUACUGGAGAAAACGGCUUGCAGAAUUACAUCAUCAUUUUAAGUCUAGAGAAGCAUUUUAUUGUUUUGACAGCAGCUACUUAUUGCACCUAAAACACCAAAAUGUUUAAAAUGUGUGUGUACUGUGUGUGUCUGUGUCUGAGAGAGAGAGAGAGAGAA